UUUGCAUUCGCCCUAGUCAGAUCGGCAACACCAUGAACAUGGUCAAGGGCAAGCCGGCAAUUUCGGGGGCCUUGGCUCGCCACAAAGGAAACAUCUCUGCCUGGACAGGUCUCUUCGCUUUCGUGCUGUUUAGCUACCACUUCUUCAGCGACGGCGAUUUUUCUUUCCUCAUGACGUUUGGAGCGUUUGUGCGUGCGUUUGGGUUUGGCAUCUUGAUCUUCAAGUCGCUGACGCAGAAAUCGGUGUCGGGAUUGUCGCUUAAGACGCUGCAGUUGUACGGGUUUGUGUUCUUGUUCCGGCUGUGCUCCAUCACGCGGUAUCAAGGAUACCUUCCAUACGACCGAAGCGGUGACUGGCUGUACACGUUUAUCGAGUUUGUGGGGCUGGGGCUGACCCUGGCCGUGAUUUUCCUCGUGACGGUGCAGUUUCGCGGGUCGUACGACUUCAAAUUCGACACAUUUGGGCACUUGCACGUGCCCAGCGAGUUUGGCAUCGUGUACAUUUUGGUGCCUUCCAUUCUUCUUGGCAUGCUGAUCCACCCCAAUCUAAACAUGAACUGGCUUGCCGACGUCUCGUGGACCAUUGCGUUGUACAUUGAAGCGAUUGCGAUUUUGCCGCAACUGUUUAUGUUUCAAAAGCGGGUAUGUAUUGUCACAUGUGUUGGUUCUUCCAUUGGAACAUGGGAAUGUGUGCACUUUGACGUUUUCGAAUCAGGGCGGUGGCGCGGUCGAGACGUGCAUCUCGCACUGGGUGUACGCGCUGGCCUUUGGCAGCUUUCUCCACCUCUGGUUUUGGCUCUUUUCGUACCACGAGCUUGGUGAGAAGAACGCUGGGCACCACGUCGGCUACACGGUGAUCUUUGUCCAGAUCGGACACAUGCUGAUGAUGGGCGACUUUUUGUACUAUUACUUCAAGAGCAUGAAGGACGGCGGCCCCAUGAUGCUGCCGACCCAUGGCGAUUUCCAAGCGUAAUCGUUGGACAGGAUGAUGGAAUAUAUUAGCGCAUGUAAUCGUUUCAACAACAAACAACAUACAUUGUGGUUUAUGUGUGACAA